AUAUAUCGUCGUUUCGUCUAGUAGAGGUUUUGUGAUUAGCUGCGGAGCCUGCCUACUCUUACCUUUUUUCAGAGCUUUGAUAGAGGAAUAGCAGCUCACCUAAUCCAUCAUGGGUCACUCUAAUGUCUGGAACUCUCACCCUAAAACCUACGGCCCUGGCUCUCGCUCCUGCCGUGUGUGCGGGAACCCCCACGCCAUCAUCAGGAAAUAUGGACUCAUGUGUUGCAGGCAGUGCUUCCGUAGCAAUGCCAAGGAAAUUGGAUUCAUUAAGUACCGCUGAAGAAUUUAUGUUGGGAAGAACUUUGUCAGUGUAUGAGCCUUUGGUAAUGUGAUUAUUGAAUUAGAAGGAUAAUGUUUAUUGUUUUCAGUCUGGACAUCUAAACUGGUGCUGAGCUAAGGAUGCUUUGUUGUUUCUCAAUCAAGUAAUCAUAGUGUUUUUUUUUUUUUUUAAA